AUGACUGAAACGAAAGAAAAUACGGCUGUUGAGCCGUCGCGGCCAAAAAUAAAACAUGAUUGGUACCAAACAGAGUCACAGGUGGUCAUCACCAUAUUAGUGAAGAAUGCGCCAAAAGAUAAAGUCAAGGUCGACUAUGGAGAGAGGAGCCUCUCAUUAUCAAGUGCGAUCCCAGAUACAGACUCGGAAUACAGUCUAGAAUUAGACCUAGCGCAUGAAGUAGUACCUAACUUAUGUACUCACGUGGUGACUCCUUCCAAAAUAGAGGUGAAACUCCGGAAAAAGGAGGGGUUGCGGUGGACACAGCUGGAUGGAGACCGAGCUGAUGAUCAUGUUAAGGCUAUUCCUCAAGCUGUAAUAGACGCUUCAGGGCCGGUACAACAACCGCCGAAGCUGUUCAAAAAAGACUGGGACAAAAUUGAAAAGGAUAUAAAGAAAAUGGAAGAAGAAGAGAAGCCAGAAGGCGACGCGGCGUUGAACGCUCUGUUCCAGAAGAUAUACGGAGAGGGAUCCGAUGAGGUGCGGCGUGCUAUGAACAAAAGUUUUGUGGAAUCCGGAGGCACAGUGCUCAGUACAAACUGGAACCAAGUCGGACGAGAUAAAGUCGAAAUGAAGCCACCAGAUGGUGUUGAAUUCAAAAAAUGGGAGUAG